AUGCGCACAGCCUCCGCACAUGCCCACUGGCGACGUGAGGCUGCUGCCCUCACUCUGUGCCUCUCUCGGGCUCCUGUCCCUGGCCCGCAGCGAGCCGGGCAGGAGCGGGCUGGAGCAGCGAGCACCCGGCAGCUCACCAGAGUCCGGCCAGAUGGUGCCUGUGUAUUGAUGUCCAUGAUUUCCCCUGAAGAUUACCCAGAAUUUGAAGGCAUCUAUACAAAACAAUGUCAUAUUAAUGGAAAUGGAGAUGUACUGAACUGCAAAAUUUUUGCUGAGACAAAUUACAACUCAUACCACCUACUGAGCUGAGCCAAUGAAGCAGUGGCAAUAUACAGUACUUUCCUUGGUGGGAGAUCUGGGUUCAUGUUUAUAUCAUAAUCAUGAGGAAACAGGAUUGGACUUUAACAACAACAGCAACUCCAGCCCAUCUCAAUGGCUUCUUCUCGUUUCCCCAAAAAGAUAGUUAUUACCAUCUAAGAUGGUCAAACACAGGGGAUUUUUCCUUCUAAAGACUGUCUCCAGCUAAGUGGAAAAGGAACAGGGGAUGUUCUUAAAAUUAAAGCCUUACUUAAUACUUUA